AAAAGCGGUGUCUUCACACACAAGAAAAGCAGUAAACUCAUCACCUUCCACAUCCUAUAACUUUGUCAAGAUUUCGAUCCCUAAAGCUCUCGCUCUUCGAGAUAUAUCCUAUCCCAGUUUAAUUGAUUUCUUCUACUUAUUUGUUCAUGCUAGCUAGGCCCAACUGAUAUCCAACGCCAUGGCUACGUACAAAUUCACAAUAUCGGAUGAUACCAUCCUCACCACCCUCACGUACUUGGCCUCCGACGUCGAUCAAUGGAUUACCGACAUCAUGUUCAUCCACCGCCGGCGACUUCACAAGCUCAUAGUGGGCCUCGACGUCGAAUGGCGGCCUAACACCGUCGGCGGCGUCUUCAAUCCGAUUGCCACCUUGCAACUCUGCGUUGGGCGGAGAUGCCUCAUCUUCCAACUCCUCUACGCAGACUACUUCCCCCGGUCGCUCAUCAAAUUCCUCCGGAACAAAAAAUUCAUGUUUGUCGGAGUGGAGAUCGAAAGGGACGUCCAGCAGCUCUGGAGAGAUCACAGGCUCAGGGUCGCUCAAGCGGUAGAUCUCCGACAAUUGGCUGCGACUCAGUUCGAUGCGAAGAAGCUGAUGAACAUGGGGCUGAAGAAGUUCGCCAAGGAGGUUCUUGGGAAAGAAAUCGAUAAGCCGAAGGACAUUGCGAGGAGUGGGUGGGAUAAUGAGUUCCUGACGGAAGCUCAGGUUCGUUAUGCUGCCGGUGACGCUUUUAUCUCCUUCGAGGUUGGUAGGGUUUUGAUUUCGGAGAAUCAUCAGUGAUUUAAAUUCAUUAGUUGUUCUUCUUUGAUCUCACUAGCAGUAGGCCAGUAGCAGACUAGCAGUCAUGCUUCUGGGCGCAUCAAUAAAUUAUUGUACCUACUCUAUCACUUCUGAAAGAAUGAGAUAAGCCCUAAUUAAUUAA